AUGGGUAGGACAUUCCGCAUAUACCUCGCAGGAGAGUCGGUCUUGAUCUGUAGACAAUGUGGUAAUCAUCUGGCAGUGUCUGAAGGUGUCAUGUCUAAGCAAUUCACCGGUCAGCAUGGAAGAGCACUUCUGGUACAACAAGUCGUAAACACGUAUACUGGAGAAGCAGAGGACAGAGAAAUGAGGACCGGGCGACAUACGGUCAGGGAUGUGUAUUGCAGGGUCUGUCACUCGACAUUGGGUUGGAAAUAUGACUUUGCAUUCGAGCAUGACCAGAAGUACAAGGAAGGGAAAUAUAUUCUUGAACGAGAGAUGAUCACGGAGAAACCAGAAUCUAAACGAGAUCAUGGUCGUCCAAGAAUCGAGGAACUUCCUGUGCGAGAAGUCUUAGCUAGAGUAUAG